AUGGCCCUGCUUUCAGGCUAUUAUCAGUUGAGCGUAGACUUUAGAAUGACUCGGAAUGCGGCUGUGACUGUGACUAAAGAGGUGAUCAUCGAAUUAAGCGAUCGAGAUUAUCAGUCCCCGGACGUCUGCUUCUGGUUCUGUCUUUCUUCCUCCCCUUUGCCUCAAACUCAUUCGUGUCCAUCCCUUCGACCUCUCGGCAUGUCCAUCUGUUCGGAAAGCCUGGAUCGUGGGCCUAGGUUCCACAGCACCGGACACAGCCGUCAAGAUCAGAUUACGCUCAACCAUGGGAUGCAAGUCACAUCUCUCUCCAUGUGCGCGGCUGAUUCUCAGGUGCAUGUGCAUUUAUGGGUUUGUAUGUGUACAUCUAUUGGUGUAUGCAUGUGUGGACGUGAGCGUAUGCGUGUGCGGUUCUCUCUGUUUUUAUCUAGGUCUUGUUCGGACGUGAGUAUGGGUGCAGUCGUGCUGGCUAGGCCUCCAUUUGCUCACGCUUAA